CGAGUUAAGGUAUGAAGGUCCAAAUUAUGGAAAGAUCCGUUGUCUGGAAAAGCCCAGGUCCAAAGCAUUCUGGAUAACAGGUUCCAUAUCUGUACUAGGAAUUAUUCACUUUGCUGAACCUCAAACUUUUGCGGGUAAAAUAUAAGAGCAAUUCAUAUUUAAUGUGAAGCGGAUGAACAUUGUAUCCUGGCUCAGUUAUAUGUAGUGGUUUGUUUAUUUCUAUUUCUCUCCCACAGCACAUGCAAAAUAGGAUUAAUGUCUGCUGAAAGCCGCAUCCCAUUUCUUUCUUAUUUGCCAUCAUUGAUGCAGAUUCCGCCUGCUUCUAAUAUGCUGAACAACACUCCUCUGAACACAACAAUUGGCCGUAGGUGUAGGACAAAUGCUGCUUUGUUGACCAGCUUUGUAUGGUGUUGCCAGGAGACCAGGCAGAUUGAAAGCAAAGCUCUGAAUUAGCUCUCCAAAUCCAUGACUGAUAGAACUGAAGAAUGCCAUAGCUGACAACACGCAGUAAACUGUAUGAACAAUUACACGAAUUGCCAACCUUUUUAAGGGAAAAUUGCUUAGAAGGAUGCAAUGAGCAACCCGAGAACUAUGCCGGACAGGAGGAAUCCCAGUGCACUUAUUGCUACCAGACAUAUAGAAGAUGGUUCUGAAGGAGUAAGACAUGUCACUGAAUCCAUUGAAAACAGACUUAGCAUAAAUGAUUUUGGACAGAUUCAGAGAUUAUUUCAGUCUCCAGAGUUAAAUCAAUCAGAAUGUAUGAGCAGAGAAGAAUUCAUGGAGAGAACAUACGCCACUGUGGGGCACGGCAUCAAAGAAGAAUAUGGGGAAUUAUUUGAUAAGAUAGAUGUGAGUCGUGAGGGUUUCAUUGAUUGGGACAAAUUAACAUCCUUUAUGCUGCUUGAGCUUAAUGAGAAAGACGAACGAGUGAAAUCAUCAGUAAUCCCCCAAUGGAAGGAUAUCCGCAGCUUCCCAUUAAUUCACAAGGAAAACAUCCAAAAAAUUGUUUACUUGAAAGGUUUGGGUCGUUACGUAACUUUAAGCAAAGAUGGAUUACUCGGAGUCUGGGGAGAAAAUGUAAAAUUACAAAGAAGCCUACAGAUCUGCACGGAUACAGUGAAACUAAAAGAUUUAUGGGCAACAAGUUUGGUCUUCCUGGCCAAUGUAAACAAGAUUGCUGUCUCAUUUACGAGUAAAGAGAUUUGCUUCUAUGACCUCAACUCAAAGCAAGAUUUAUUUUGUCAGUACAAGCUUCACGGCUUGCAAGGGACUCCCAUAAGCAUGGACUACUGGUUUAAUCCUGAUGAUGGCAAUGAUGCUGUUCUUACUUUCGGGGAUGUCAAUGGACAGGUCCAGGCCAUCUGUUUUACCACAGCUACGAUCUCGUUGUUUGAAAGGCCUGCUAAUUCUACAGAAGACCAGCAAACCACUCUUUAUAUCACCUGCAAUGAGUUGAUUUCUGGUUACCACAAAUCCUGUUUUAUUGCAAAGCAUAAACUUCAUGGAAGAAACUGGGUCCGCCAAGUUAGUUACAGCUCUCAUUUAGAAGCUUUCCUGUCGUGUACUACAAGUGACAAUAACACUGUGAUAUUGGCCUGGAGAGAAAAAGGCAAAACCCAUUUGAGAACAACAUCUUUGAACAUUGCUAAGGGAAUUAAUGGCUUUGACUACCAUCCAGGACUCAAUAUGAUUGCUACUGCUGGCAUUGACAACAAGAUAUGUCUCUGGAAUCCCUAUGUAAUAUCCAAACCCACUGGAAUCCUACAGGGCAAUAUGGCCAGUGUGAUAACUGUGCAGUUCAUUGCUGGUCGCAAGCAGCUUCUCAGUUUUUCAAAAGAUAAGGUACUAAGAAUAUGGGAUGUUCAUCACCAGGUGUGCAUUCAACGUGUUGCUGGGAUUUUUCCGAAAUCUCUCGAGUUCCACUUCACCCUUUACUUCUAUGAACCUCAUGGGCGCCUGUUCCUUUCAUUCAACAAUCAACUGAAACUUCUGGAAAUGAAAAAAGAAUCUGGCAAAAAGGUCACAAGCCAUGAAAAGCCAAUAACCUGUGUGCUUUACAACAGCACCUUUAAACAGGUAAUCAGCUCGGAUACAGGAUCGACGAUUACAUUCUGGAUGAUUGACACAGGUCAGAAAAUCAAGCAGUUUUCAGGGUGCCACGGCACUUCAGAGAUUAGCACAAUGGCACUUGAUGUGAGUGAGACAAGGCUUCUAACUGGAAGCACAGAUGGAACAGUAAAGAUUUGGGAUUUCAACGGCCACUGUCAUCAUAAAUUAAAUGCUGGGAGAGACCAAGCUGCUGAAAUUUCUCAGAUAUUAGUACUGAAAAGAACCAUACUAGUUGUGGGAUGGGAAAGAAUUAUUACUGUUUUCCGCCUGAACUCUUUAACACAGUACCUUAUCCAGCCUUCAGAAUGGAAAGGAGGGGUCCAGCACCUUGAUGACAUUUUAUGUGCAGCCUUUUGGUCCCCACAAAGUUUGGUCACAGGGAGUUAUGAUGGUCAAAUAGUCGUAUGGAACAACAAUACAGAAAAUGCCUCCAGAAAAUUACACCCUAAUCCUGAAAGAUUAAAAUCAAGGUCAGACUCUCAGGUACGGAGUGCUGGAAGAAGAAGUCUUUCCUCACUGUCCUCUGGAAAAUACUCGCGCUCAGCAAAUAGCACCUAUAAUGCAAACUCUGACAGCAAUAACAGUGUAACAAGAUUGUUCUUCCUUGGGGCCAGGAGAAACACAUCAGCAACAGGUGGAUCCAACCUGGUGUCAUGUGGAGGAUCGGGGUACAUCAGACUCUGGAAUAUAUUUAGAAACCACUUAAUGGCAGAAUUUGUAGCUCAUGAAGGAGCCGGCUCCAUCAUUAUGACUGUCGAUAAAACAAAUCAGUACAUCAUUACCGGAGAUCUAGAUGGAUGGCUGAAAGUAUGGGAUAUACAGGAUUAUUGUGUUGAUUACAGUGAAAAAAAGAUAACAGAGCCACCUCAGCUAGUGACGUCUUUCCAGCCCCACAGUGACUGUGUCACACAUUUGGAGACCUGCACAUACAGCACAUCCUUACUGAUCCUUUCUGCAUCUGCAGACUGCACUAUACAUGUCAGCGAUGUUUUUGGAACUCCAGUAGGAAUAUUUGGCCAGGAAGAACACUGGAGCAUAGAGAAGUGCUUAUAUGAAAAGGAGAAUGACCAUGAGUCUGAACAUUCAGAAGGAGAUACAAGUCACACUAACCACAUGGAAUCAGAAAUGUCAACAACAUAUUGUGAUGAGACAACAGAACACGGUGACUCUCUGUUAAGCUGCCUGUUUACCGAAGAUAAAGAGGACUUGCACUUCAAGAUUAGCCCCUGGGAGAACACAAUUCUAGGGAAAAAAUACAAAGAGAUCAGAACAAAAGAAAAGUUGCACUCACAUUUUCGAGAGGACUCCGUUCAAAAUUCAGUUGGUACCUUCAUGUUACUUAAUAUUGAGCCUUUGUUGGAUGUUGCUGAUGUGACAAAGCCUGACUUUAUUAUUAACCCUGAAAAAUAUUUUGAGGACAAAACAGAUGAAAAAUCUCCAAAGGAUUUGAUGAUUGCUCCCCUCUCAGACACACUGAAAUCUGUAUUUGAUGAGGGAAGUCUCUUCCCGAGAGAGAUUCUGGAACGUGAGCUACAAGCAAAACAACUGAAUGCGAAGCUGCGCCACGAAGACAAGAUGAAAAGAGACAGAAAAACGCAGAAGAAAAGCAAAUGAAUACUGUGCUGUGAAUCACUGAAAUCUUACAGAAAGGAUUAAUGUUUUCUUACAAUGCUUGCAUAUUUUUGGCAAAUACAGUCCAGUUAUCUGUACAAACAAAAUUAUUAUUCACUAAGAAUAUAUAUAAAUAAAUCAAACAACAAAGGAAUUAUUUGGGACUUCUAUAAGAACAAAACAGAGGAACCUGAAAUAAAAGUUAGGCAUUUACUUGGACAAAAGUUUGAACUUGAUGGAUAGCACUUGAAAAACAUGCAACAUUUUCAGUAGAUUUUUAGGCAAGUUUUACACUUCAUUUGCUUUCAGUGCCAGAGGUUUUUUGAAUAUUCGAUUCUUCUUAUUGUAGGGGCAUUUCCCUCAGUGAACUUCUUGUUAGAACUAUAAAUAAUUUUUAAGGACAAUCUAAGCAUUCAUAAUCUGCCUGAAUUUUUGUGAAAUUCCACUUCUGUAACAAGACAUUUGACUCUAAAAUGCUUAAAAAAGAUACUUAACAGAAA